UUAGAACCGACGUGGAGGCUCAAACGGCUCUCUGUCCCCCUCUCUUCCCAUGGUUCUUCUUCUUACCCUAGCGCUUCCUUUUUGGGGGUGGUUUAGAGGAGGGGGAAGAUCGGUCUAUGGACUCCACAUCGCGGAUGGGUAUGACGAAACACCAACGAAAGCGAGAACGCGAUACUUUUUGGUUGGCACUAAGGUAGCUCGGACAAUAUUUCAAAUUGGCUUUUUUUCUUCGCCUGUGGUAGAGGAGAGAGAAACAUGGCAAGUUUAGGUAAGGGAGGGGUGGCGGCGGAAAAGGGAAAAAUAAAAAAGUGUGGUAAGUAAAUGCCUUGGGUCCAUCGCAAAUACUAUCGCGUGCCCGUUUGCUUUGGUAAACGCCCGCAACGGGGACUAGGUCACUAGAGUGAGAGUGAGAGAGAGGGAGGAGGGGAAACGGGACUGUGGGCUGGAUUGUGGCUGGAAUAAUUCAACCACGACGAAAGGGGGCCUCGUAAUCCUCUGCAACAGAGAGCAGAACCAAGUUGCAGUAGCAAUGCAGAUUGCCAACGAAGGCACAAUAAAGUUUGGAGAAUGUCUGGAUUGCACGUUGUUGGGAUAAUCCGAUGGGCAUGGCGAAAUGCACGUAAUAAGUCCAACCUACCUAGUUCCUGUUUUUAGCAGGUGCGAACUACUGCGUCGAGAUGAAUAAGGUAAUGGAG